AUGUGCGAUGUCGGAGAUGGUCAAGGACACCACCUCACCGCCGCUGCAAUCGUCGGUCAUGACGGUAGCGUUUGGGCUCAGAGCGCCAACUUCCCUCAGUUCAAGGCACAAGAGUUCACUGGUAUAAUGAAAGAUUUCGACGAACCGGGACAUUUGGCUCCCACGGGUUUAUUCCUAGCAGGAGCUAAAUACAUGGUGAUCCAAGGCGAGCCCGGGGCUGUAAUCCGUGGCAAGAAGGGAGCGGGAGGGAUAACCAUAAAGAAAACAGGACAGUCAUGCGUGUUUGGGAUCUACGAAGAGCCAGUUACACCAGGACAGUGCAACAUGGUCGUUGAGAGGUUGGGUGAUUAUCUGGUCGAACAGGGUCUCUAG